AUUUAUCUUAUAUAAUUCCCGCGAGUGCAUCACGCCCCGCGAAUGUCUAUACGCGUGCGUGCGUGCGUGCGUAUACUUACACACGCGUGUGCCGUGCCGUGUGUGGCGAGCGAUGCCGUGGCCAUUUUCGCGUUUGCCCCUCGCGUUUUGUAAUCGUUAUCAGCUCCAUAUUUGAAUUCAACAAGUAAUGCAGGUCGUCCGACCGUCGCGAAUCCCAGGCGUGAAUUCCGCGCUCCCGUUCCUCGUGCGACCGUCGGGAACGAGGACCGAGAAAUCGGUCUCACGUGCUCACGUCGACGUUUGAAACGGAUCGUUUCAGUGGCGAUUACAUCGCCGAAGGUGCGAUUGCAACGGGGCGAGACCUUCGCGAAGGUCUUGCCAGAAUCUCGCAUGAAUCUCGCCGGAAAAUCUGUCGUGUAUCCUGCAAUCGGAUGAAAAUUACAAAAUGACUAGAAGACUCUAUGCAACAUGCCACCAGAUAGGCCAGAUGCAUCGGGUAUCGAAACUGACAUAGAACUGAUCUCGUCUCAGGAUUAUAAUUUUGGUGAGAACGUCACGAUGAACGAUAAGGAAAAGGAGAAUGCCAGCCUGCUGACCGACUCAAAUUCAACCAAUGAUUGUCAAAGCGAAAUUCCUAAAUGGGAGAAGACUAUGGAGAAGAACAGUCAGUCGGACGACGAGCUAACGUCUCUCAGUUGGCUACACCAGCAGAAUUUACUUAAAGGUUUGGACAUUUCGAACCCCUCCAAAAACAUAAAGCACGAGAACAUGCUGAACAAUAACAUCUGCGACGAUAUGGCAGACUUUUCUGAAAAUACGAAUUCUGUAUCGAGCUUAGAUGAUAGUUUCUGUCCAGAGAAUAAUGGAAAAGCAAACGCGACAUUGAAUGGGAAUGGACAAAACUAUCAGCAUCCUGCCAAGAAUUGUCAAAAGUCCACGCAAAUAUUUCAAGAAUCUGCGAAAAGUCAUUACAAUAUUUCGCCAAGUAAUCAAACGAAGAUUUCUUUGAGCAACAAUAAUUUGCCAAUGUCUAAUCGCAACAAGCAUCCUACCCAUAUACCAUAUGAUCCUCAUUUACACAGAAAUAGCAAACCACCGUAUUCAUUCUCCUGCCUCAUAUUUAUGGCUAUCGAAGAUAGUCCCGUAAAGGCGCUACCCGUGAAGGAGGUUUACGCGUGGAUCCUGGAACACUUCCCAUACUUUAGGAACGCCCCUACUGGAUGGAAAAAUUCUGUCAGACACAAUUUAAGUCUCAACAAGUGCUUUCGGAAGGUGGAAAAAGCUCCGAAUUUAGGAAAGGGAUCGUUAUGGAUGGUAGAUGCACAAUACCGCCCAAAUCUGAUUCAAGCGUUGUCUCGCGCUCCUUUUCCUCCCCCUACGACCCAGAAUUUGUCUUCAUCGGAAAAGGUGCCUAGAAAAUGCAUAAAUACACGUCUCCCAGAUCCGGUUCUUUUUCCAUACCUAUCCAAAAGACUGGCGUCUAGCAAUAUUAAUGAUAGUGCAGAAACCGAGAUAGAUAGCGAUGUUGACGCAGCAGCUGCCGCUAUGCUUUCCUUCAAGCAUGGACCUAUCAUUCUGAAUCACAAUAAAGAUCGUAAACGAAAAUUGCCGGAAUCGGAAAAGUUGGUGCCUGUAAUUACCAGGAGUUCCAGCGAGGACCAUACUUAUAGUUGUAUCGCCUCGAUAAAAUUAGGAAGCAAACAUUCAAACGAGGAAGAAUUAAAUCCAGAUUUUGAUGAACAAAGAAAAAUUGCAGAAGGUGCGGAUGCGCUUCUGAAUCUGGCUGGUGUUAGUACAGCGCUAAAUUACAGUAGAACACAUCAUGUAACACAAGGUAUUAAUACGGCAUCUAAAUCGGACGUUAUUUUAAAACCAAAAAAACGUUCUACCACGAGUGAGUACUCGAGUACGUCUGAAAAAAGACGUAAAAGAUGGCGGGACUGGGGAGAGGAAAAUCGAUACCUAAAACAAAUUAGGGGUUAACAUAGAUACAUUUUGUUACAUUUUUCGAAAAGUGUACAUUAUCGAAAGCUUUCCACUUAUGCGCGAGUCAGGAAAGCGUUUGAGAAUUUUGCUAUCUAGUAACAGGAAGGUACUUUCAUUUUAUAGAGUAUUGUCAGUAAAUUCCUUAUUCAUUUCUAUAAACGUGUUUAGAAUCAACUUUUACGGAAAUUUCAUUGUUCGGAUUUCUCGUCGUAGACACACAAAAAACGCGCAUAUAAAUUCUUCCAUAACUUCUAGUUGUGCUAGUAAAAAGAAAAAGAGGGUUGUUGGAUGCAUUUCGAAUUCAUUGGUGUGGUUGCUCAGGGUUUACAACAUGCUAUAUGCCAAAAUACAUUCGGUAGCACUAAACAACAAGCAAUAAUAGAGAUGUAGUGUUAAAGAGAUACUUUUUAAACACGCUGUUGAAACAUGAAUACAAUUGAAUAGUACAUGGAUAUAUAUCAAUUAAAACAAUUAUUAUUACGUACUGAAGUAAGUAAUAAUAAUCAUUUUAGAACUGUUGUGAGAGAAACGAUUAUAUUAAGUCAUAGAGAGUUUAAUUAAUGAUAAAGUUCUAUAUCAGUUUUUCCUUUUUUUUUGUAGAUAUGUAUAGAGGCAUAAUCAACAACUGCUGUCACAAUGUCUGUCCCAACAAUAACGAGACCUCUUGUUUGCAAACCUAACGUGGCGAUUUUCGACAGCCCGGUUUGAUGCCCAGUGUUACCAUAUUUUUUAUUUCAACGGGAGUUUCUAGUCUCGUUAUUCUUGAGACAGGCUGCGCAUUCAAUAGAGAGAAAAAUCGAUAAUAUAUUUAAAAUGAUUACACGCAUACAUAUUUAUAUGUAUAUGUGUGUAUAUAUGUAUAUAAAAUGUACGUAUAUGUGCAUGUAUAUGCAGAUGUACACAUUGCACACAUCAAGCCCGACAUACUCAUUCAUGCAUAUACAGUUAAACUUCCUGAUUCUCAACCCGUGAUGAAAUAACUUUUUUGUUCUCCCUUCCUUAUUUGAAAGCACGUACACAAAAUGAAAAUAUCAUUGCGCACGCAUUGCGCUUAUACGUGUCGAUACCUCAUUCGUCACUUAUUCCACGUAUGUGAUAAAACGACGAAUAUAAAAUGGUAAAAGAAGAGAUAUUCAAUUGGUUAAGAACAGGGGAGUUUGAUUGUACAAGGUGUUCCCAAGUUUGCGAUUAGAAACGGUGAGAAAGUUCAUGAAAAACUGAAUUUUACAACAAUUGCAAAGUUGCUUUUUCUGCUGAGCGCGACCAAUUAACAGUAAUUUCACAUGCUAUAGACAAUUUAAAAAGAAAAGCAUUACAAAUAUAAAACUAUGAUAUUUGAUCAAUUAUACAUCGUAGAUCUUAAAUUCUUAUAGUUUAAAAAAAAUUAUUGAUCGCGCGAAAAAAAGUGUCUUUGCAAUUUGGUUUUUCGUAAACCUUCGAAUUGCAGCGCUUUCGCAAAAUUGAGGGCACUCUGCAUGUAGACACAUCAUGUGCAUCGUUGCACAUGUGUACAACAUAUGUGCCACAAACGUAUUAUCAAAAAAAAAAAUUAAAAAAAGGAUUGAGAUACAUUCAACCAUUGGUGGAACCAACAGUGGAAUUCUAAUUCCACCAUGCAUUCAACAUGGUUUUAAAACAAAGAAAUGUUGUCAUUUCACUGUCUUUUUCUACUCUCUUUGUGGCUUUCAAGAUGAUUUUGAACAGUGUUGUACAUAUGUAGAGACCUUUCUAAUGUAUCCACAGACCAGUUUUGGUAUCCAAUUGGAGACUGAAUAUUUAGUGAUCGUGCUGAGAUGUUAAUAUCGAUUGGAUAGAGAUGAAAAAUAGCGGUACAUGGAGAGAUAACCUAUUUUUAUA